AUGGAGGAAAGUAAUAAAACAAUUGUGACUGAAUUCAUCCUUCUGGGAUUUCAGAGCACUCACUCACUAGAAAUUCUACUUUUUGUUGCCUUCUUCUUGGUGUAUGUAUUGACCGUUGUAGGUAAUGCAAUGAUAAUUGCAUUAGUACUAAUCAGUCACCACCUCCAAUCACCCAUGUAUUUUUUCUUGAGUAACCUCUCAUUCUUGGAACUCAUGAUCACUUCUACUGUUGUGCCUAAGAUGCUAGUAAAUAUUAUUACAGGGAAGAAGAUCAUCUCUUUUGUCGGCUGCCUUACACAGUCAUUCUUCUAUUUCCUCAUGGGCUCUACUGAAUUCUUCAUCUUGGCUGUUAUGUCCGUUGACCGCUACCUGGCAAUAUGUUACCCACUACGUUAUACAUCCAUCAUGAAUGGCAAGGUCUGUUUCCAGCUUCUUUUGGGGUCAUGGAUUGGUGGCUUCUUGAUUAUUUUAGUUCCCAGCAUUGUGACAGCUGGCUUGCCAUUCUGUGGCCCAAACAUAGUUGAUCACUUCUUCUGUGACAGUGCCCCUUUACUUAAACUUGUCUGUGCUGACACAUCACUGGCUGAAUUGAUUGACUUUGGAACCUCCUGCAUACUGCUACUGGGCUCUCUUCUUAUAACAUUUGUGUCCUAUGUCUACAUUAUUAUUGCUGUCUUGAGGAUACCAUCAGCAAAGGGCCAAAAGAAGGCCUUUUCAACAUGCAUAUCUCAUUUGACUGUGGUUACACUGUAUUAUGGGAGCUGUAUCUUCAUUUAUGUCCGUCCUACCAAAGGAAAUGUUCUGGAUUUCAACAAAGUAGGCUCUGUGAUGAAUACAAUGAUGACUCCCAUGCUCAAUCCUUUCAUAUAUGGUCUCAGAAAUGAGAAAGUAAAAGAUUCCUUGAGAAGUAUCCUCAACAAGAUCAUACAUAUGUGUAAAGUGUCAAGUCACAGCUGA